AUGCCAGAAAUAACUAUUAAUGUCAAAUGUUCUAACGACCAGAAAUAUAGCGUAACGAUAGAUACUUCUAAAACGGUGCUAGAGUUUAAGCAAGCUAUUGCAGAAAAAUGUGAUACUACUGCGGAUAGGCAAAGAUUGAUAUAUUCUGGCAGAGUUUUAAAAGACAAUGAUACGCUCGAAACCUAUAAGAUCGCAGAAGGUCAUACAGUCCAUAUGGUGAAAGGCUCAGCUCCUAGCGCGGGUAACACACAGACUCCACAGCAACCAACGGGUUAUUCACCUAAUCCAUUCAUGAUGGGCGGAUUCAAUCAAGGUGCAAAUCCUUAUGGUUCUCCAUUUGGCACUACUGGUACUGGUGGUUUGCAGGGCGUAAAUCCGUUGGACUUCCUCCAGAAUCCUGCGAUAAUGCAAUAUAUGCAACAAAUGCUUCAAGAUCCUCAAUUCGUUGAAAGUAUGAUCCAAAUGAAUCCUCAAUUCGCACAAAUGGCACCUCAGAUUAGGCAAAUGAUGCAAGAUCCAGAGUUUCAGGCGAUGAUGUCGAAUCCUGAAACUUUGAGGAGUCUGGCUGCUUUACAACCACUUAUGGGAAAUCUUGGGCCAUUCACUGGUGGAGCAAUACCUGGAUUUCCCGGAUACAACAUGCCAGCAACUACAGGUACAAAUCCAACAACCACAACCCCACAAGUGCCCCCAGAAGAAAGGUUCCAAUCUCAACUUCAGCAAUUGAAUGAUAUGGGAUUUGUGGAUGCACAAAAAAAUAUUCGAGCAUUACAAAUUUGCCAGGGAAAU